AAACAUGUGACAAAGUGAGAGAGGGGCGCAGGGGGGGAGAGCCGAGGAGCUCAUGCCUGCUCUGCUGACAGUUCCUAAGAUCCGGACUGCGCUCCUCCACACGGCGAUGCGGAGAAGGAAGGGGGGGUCAAGCAGCAAAAUACGCGGCGUUCAGACAGAAUCCACAGCGGAAUAUUUAGCAGUUUGCUUCGGGUUUGCGUCUCUUCCCACGUCCUUACAUCCCAUUCCCUUUGUCCGACGCUGGACCCUGCUGAUGCCUGGCUGGAAAAACAGCACCUAGAGGUCCCUCUCAUCUAAUCGUCAGUGACUUUCCGCUCCUGGUUGCACCCCUCCCCUCUGCUAGUCGUCUUUUCUCUUGACUUCAUUUCGUGCUGGACGAUUUCAUUUUGUGGUCAUUAUCCCCAGAAAGGUCAAAGCCUCUGUUUGCUGGAAGCUCGUUUUGGUCUGGGAUAAGCCUGAGAGUCUCCCUUCUUUUUUAAAGUUUCAGUGGCCAAGAACCGCUCAUGCUGCUCCGUGUUGCAUCCUUUUUUGGUGACCUGCACGUGCGCUAGACUUUUUAUUUUUCAUUUUUUUAAGAGGGUUUUUAUAGUUAUUAUAAUCUCCAUUCUUCUCUGUGGAGUGGCUGUUCUACCUUAUCAAACUGUGAAAUGAGUUUCGCCACCUUUCUGCUUGCUGAUAGCGCUGAGAUUCUGCAAAAGAAUGGGGCAUAUUGAAUUCAACUUUAGGUGUUCUUCCAAACCUUGACGUUUGGGGGGCAUUGAGGUGAUGCAGGUCCCUCGGAUAUCCCAGUGGAGGACCAAGCUAAUGACGGGUGUAUUUGUCUGCUGAACGUCCCCCAUCACCACCGGCCUCCAUCCUUCCUUCCCUCCCUUACGCCCUCCAUCGCUGAUGGCUCUAUGGGGCAUCAUCAGCCUCAGCCUUCAUUGCUGGGUGUGUUUACGAUCCUGUGCGACAGCAACAGCUGCUCCAGCCAGCCUCCCUAAUGACAAACCCGGGGGACCUCUCGACUGGCUGCUUUCAGAUAAGGGGCCCUUCCACCACUCCCCAGAGUACAUCGACUUUGUGGAAAAGAACCGCCAGGGCUUCUCCACUAGAUACAAAAUUUACAGGGAGUUUGGACGAUGGAAGGUGAACAACCUAGCAGUGGAGAGAAGAGAUUUCCUGGAGUCUCAGUUACCUUUAACCCCGGAAUUCAUCAGAAACAUCCGACUUCUGGGCCGUAGGCCCACCACCCAGAUGAUCACUGAUAAUCUGAUAAAGAAGUAUGGAACCCACUUCUUAUUAACUGCAACACUUGGAGGGGAAGAGGCCUUAACAAUAUUUGUGGACAAAAGGAAGCUGAGUAAAAAAGCAGAGGUGAGCGAUUUCUCCGGUAACUCCUCUACUGUGACUCUGGAGGCUCUGCACCAGCUCGCUGCUUCUUACUUCAUUGACAGGGAAAGCACUCUGCGCAAACUGCACCACAUCCAGAUUGCCUCAUCCGCCAUAAAGGUGACAGAGACGCGAACAGGCCCUCUUGGGUGUAGUAACUAUGACAACCUUGACUCCGUCAGUUCAGUCCUUGUUCAGAGUCCUGAAAAUAAAGUCCAGCUGCAAGGCUUACAAGUGAUCCUACCCGACUACCUAAGAGAACGUUUUGUGAGAGCUGCUCUCAGCUACAUAGCCUGCAAUGGAGAGGGUGAGUUUGUCUGCAAGCACAGCGAUUGCUGGUGCAGCUGUAAUCCCAAGUUUCCAGAGUGCAACUGCCCAUAUAUGGACAUCCAAGCCAUGGAGGAGAGCCUGGAGAGAAUUACAGAGACAUGGGAGUUGCUUUAUAAAGAAUUUGAAGAAUCAGAUGAAUUUAAAGCCUUCUACACUAGGCUUCCCCAGAGCUACUUCCUGAAUGUAUCAGCUAUUCAACACUUGUGGUCCUUGGACAGCCUGUUUCAGUGGCGAUAUGAGCAGCUUGAGAACAGCAUGCGGGUCCUCUCCAGAAGAGCCAAGAGAGUGAUUUUCAAGCUCUUCAGUCUUAGCAAAAGAUGUCACAGACAACCUCGAGUUCGGAUACCUAGGGAGCGGCCUCAUUCCUACUGGCUUGUAUAUCUUCAGUCUCUCCUGUAUUGUUCAGAGAACAAUCAACUUGGAACAUUCUCUGAGGAACUCCAUAGUUGCACCUGCAAAUAUGAACACAACCUCUGUCAGUUGCCUCCACCCUGCUCUGUUGGAGAAGGCUCGGCCUGUGCAACAUGCGCAUCAGACAACCACACCCGAUGUGGGAGCUGUAACCCGGGAUUUGCCUUGCUGCAGGGGGCCUGUAGACCCAUGGUGGCAGACUCCACAGAGAACUACCUUGGUUUUGAGACGGACCUCCAGGAUUUGGAGUUAGGGUACCUACUGCAGAGAGCAGAUCGUAGGCUUGAGGUCCAUGCCAUUUUUAUCAGCAAUGAUAUGCGACUCAACAGCUGGUUUGACCCAUCAUGGAGGAAGAGGAUGCUGUUGACGUUAAAAAGCAACAAAUACAAGACCAACAUGGUUCAUAUGCUGCUUGGAAUAUCCCUUCAGGUCUGCCUUACAAAGAACAGCACCCUGGAGCCUGCUCUCACUCUCUACAUCAACCCUUUUGGAGGGAGCCACUCAGAGAGCUGGUAUAUUCCGGUUAAUGAAAAUGGUUUUCCUGAUUGGAAGGCUACCAAGCUGGACCUGCCCUUUGAGUGUUACAACUGGACUUUGACACUGGGUAACAAGUGGAAGACGUUUUUUGAAACUAUCCACAUCUACCUUCGCAGUAGGAUAAAGACUCAAGAUGGAGCAAAUGACAGUGUUUAUUAUGAACCUGCUGAAAUGACAGAUCCUGCUCAGAGUCUGGGUUACAUGAAGAUCAACAGUAUCCAGGUCUUUGGCUACAGUAUGCACUUUGACCCAGAGGCAAUCCGUGAUUUGAUCCUCCAACUGGACUAUCCUUAUACCCAGGGCUCCCAGGACACAGCAAUCCUUCAGCUCUUGGAAAUACGAGAUCGUGUUAAUCGGCUUUCCCCUCCUGGUCAACAGAAAAUGGACCUGUUCGCCUGUCUUCUCCGCCACAGGCUUAAACUAACUCCAAGUGAGGUGGUUCGCAUUUUUGCCUCCUUGCAGGCCUUCAGUGCACGUUUGCCUAAUUCGAUCAUUUAUGAGACAACUAAGCUGUGUAGUUAACAGCUAGUUGAAAAGAGAACUCAAUGUAAAUUGUGAACAAAACUUUUCAGAUCCUUGAUGCAGAUGCAUACACAUGUGCUUUGUCUCUAUGGAUUACCAAACUCUUAAGUUAACCAUGAGGCAUCCAGCUGUGGACAGCUGAAGAAUGUACUUAUCUGACUGUUUUGAAUUUAUCGUUGCCCAUUUAAGUACUACAUAAAAAUGGGCUGGAACUUUGAGGAAAUGCACAAUUGUUUCUCAAAACAAUAUUUCUGCUGUAGACAUUCAGAAUCCACUGCAAAAAGUUAAACCAUCCUGUUCCCAAGGUUCUGCUAAUUUAUACUGCAAGUACCAAUGCUAAACGAUUAGACAUUUUAUGGUUAAAAUGGUAUUCUCUGUUUGUUUGUAUUUUUUAUAUGUUUAUUUGCUUUAGUGACUGUGCACCAUCCAUGACUUAAAAUUGCAGUGGUGUAAAACAAGAUUUUGUAGAUAAAUUGAUAUUAAAAACAUGUUAUAACAGA